AUGAAGAGCAGCCCAUCACGCGCGCUUUCCACCGUCGCAUAUGGCCUUGUCUUCCUUGUUCCUGUCUUCAUCACUGUCAUCAUAGGCCUCGUCCCGCUCAAAAAUUUCCCCACCAACGAUGUUUCUGUGCCACCUUUCAACCUCUUACAACGUGCUAACGUGACUGAGUACGCACUUCGCAGCGCAUCUUUCCCCUCCCUCUUCUAUCUCUUUCUCUCCCUCCCACCGCCUUCCGGGCCAUUGCACGGGGAAUACCUCGCGGAGAUACUGGAUGCAGGCUCGCUUGCUGCCAAUGUGCUGGGAUGGAUUGGCUUCACCCCCUUUUUUCCCGGAGCGUGGAUAGGAAAAUCCUUCGUGGAAGCCACCGAUGAAAAGGACGGAUGGGGGUAUAACGUCUUCAGAUGGUUCGGUGCGCGGCUGGACCGUCGUUUCAAGAUGCACACGUGCAUCACCACUUCAGUGUGGGACGGCCGGCCAUCGUUUCAGCUGCAAUACGCCGGAGAAACCCACCUGUUGGGCCGCCUGCGCAUGCGAGACGAGGUGCGGGAAAUCCAACCGGGGCUGUACUUGGGGAUGGGCACGUUUGGCUACAGCGAAGCGAAACGGCGGGGCGACCCGUUACCCUUCCUGCUGCGUGGGCCCUAUCAAGCACCGGUCCCGGGGGCGGUGCGCGAGUCCUUUUGGCCCAAGGCCGGUUAA